GUGAUGUGCUGCUCAGUGGGAGGAGGAGGGUUGUGUUCAUGUAAGGCAGCGUUAUUAGCGAGAGCCCUGCUGUCAACAAACUCCCACAGAGUGCGAUUAAUCACGUUUACCAAAUGGACAUUUCUUGACAGACGCAGUUUUAGUUCGAGGGACGCGGCGAGGUUCCUCCACGCAGCCGCGAUCCACAACUGAUUCUCAAGACAUCCAGAGUAAAUGUCAGCUGAGCUCUGACCCCUGGAACCCUCCAGCCCCCCGACCCCCAAUUGGUGCUGUGCGGUGAAGCCAUGACUGCUGUCAACAUCACCAGAGACAUCCUGCACAGGCAGAUCAGGGACAAAAGAGCUGCAGGCUUCCAAAGGUCCUAUCACGUGACUGACCCCUUCAUCAAGAGACUUGGACUGGAGGCUGAGCUUCAGGGCCACACGGGCUGCGUGAACUGCUUGGAGUGGAAUGAACGAGGAGAUCUACUGGCCUCGGGCUCAGACGAUCAGCAUGCCAUCAUCUGGGAUCCGUUCAGACACAAGAAGCUUACAACUAUGCACACGGGUCAUGCGGCAAAUAUAUUCUCUGUGAAGUUCCUCCCUCACUCCGGAGACAGAAUUUUGAUAACGGGCGCAGCCGACACAAAGGUCCACGUGCACGACCUGACGGUGAAGGAAACCAUCCAUAUGUUUUCUGAUCACACCAACAGAGUCAAACGCAUCGCCACUGCACCCAUGUGGCCCAACACCUUCUGGAGUGCUGCGGAGGACGGCAUCAUCAGACAAUAUGACUUGAGGGAGAGCAGCAAACGCUCUGAGGUGCUGAUCGACCUGACGGAGUUCUGUGGUCAGCUGGUCGAGGCCAAGUGUCUGGCCGUCAACCCACAGGACAAUAAUUACCUGGCAGUGGGAGCCAAUGGUCCUUUUGUACGCCUCUACGACAUCAGGAUGAUUCACAACUACAGGAAGUCUAUGAGUCAGAGCACGUCGGCAGCUGUGCACACAUUCUGUGACAGUAAGAAGCCCAUCCCCGACGGAGCCGGGCAGUAUUACGUUGCAGGGCACCUGCCUGUCAAACUCCCCGACUACAAUAACCGCCUUAGGGUCCUGGUGGCCACCUAUGUCACAUUCAGUCCCGAUGGCACAGAGCUGCUUGUUAACAUGGGCGGGGAACAGGUUUAUUUGUUUGACUUGACAUUUAAACAGAAGCCAUACACCUUCCUGCUUCCCAAAAAGUGCCAGUCAUCAGCAGGAGAUGUGCAGAAUGGAAAGACGACCAACGGCGUCUCCAAUGGAAUGCACUUGCCAACUAGCCAUAUUCACUUUGCCGGAAGCAAGAUGCGCUCUGGUUUUGCUGAGCUCCCUCCUCACUUGGAGAAGAUAAAGCAGGAAGCCAAUGAUGCAUUCGCGCAGCAGCAGUGGACACAGGCCAUCCAGCUGUACAGUUUAGGCAUUCAUCAGGCCAACUGCAACCCCAUGCUGUACGGGAACCGGGCUGCAGCCUACAUGAAACGCAAGUGGGACGGAGACCAUUACGAUGCCCUCAAGGACUGUCUGAAGGCUCUGAAUCUUAACCCCGGCCACCUGAAAGCACAUUUCAGACUGGCACGGUGUCUGUUUGAGCUGAAGUACGUUACUGAGGCUCUGGAGUGUUUGGACGACUUCAAGGGAAAGUUUCCGGAGCAGGCACACAGUAGUGCCUGUGACGCCUUGGACAAAGAUAUCAAGGCUGCUCUCUUCUCCGAGACGGAAUCAGCCGAAGAUAAAAAGGCCAACAGCUCCAUUCGUUUCCGCUGGUACAGUCGGAAAGAGUCGAUCCCCGAGGACGAGUUGGUGCUGAGAGAGCGCAGCUUCGACUACAAGCACAGAUACUGCGGCCACUGCAACACCACCACUGACAUCAAAGAGGCCAACUUCUUCGGAAGCAAAGGGCAGUACAUCGUCAGUGGCUCAGACGACGGCUCCUUCUUCAUCUGGGAAAAGGAGACGACCAAUCUGGUGAGGAUCCUGCAGGGGGACGAGUCCAUAGUCAACUGCCUGCAGCCCCAUCCCAGCUACUGCUUCCUGGCUACGAGCGGCAUUGACCCUGUCGUUCGAUUAUGGAACCCCAGACCAGAGACGGAGAAUGAGAACGGGCGCGUGGUCGAGGACAUGGAGGGUGCUGCUCAGGCAAACCAGCGACGUAUGAACGCCGAUCCGCUGGAGGUUAUGCUGCUCAACAUGGGCUACCGCAUCACGGGUCUGCGUGGCGUUGGCCCAGACGGCUCGGAUGACGAAGACAGCUCAGAGGGACAAGUGCAGUGUCGGCCAAGCUAAGCAAACAGUCGGGCCAUUCUGCAGAAUGGAUGUAGACAGCGAAGCGCUCUCCCAGCUCCCGUUUGAAUUUUUUAUUUCCCCUCUGUCUGACGAUAACAUUUGAGUGAAUGUCAUGCCACAUUUCUGCACUAUGCAUCGCCCUCCGCUAUCCUGAGACAGGAUUGGCGGAGACCACUUUGGGGAGGGGAAGUCAUUGACGAUGGAGACGACGCCCAUCUCGCCCCCUUUCACACCUCAGCCCCUCCCUCCACUCUGCGGUUGCAGGGGGGGACACUUUUGAGGAGAGCACCUUUUAUGUCACUCACAGUUUCUCUCGCAGAAGGAGUUUGACACUUAUCCCUCCUCAGGUUUAUGUUGGAGAGACGCGCACACACGUAGGAGAAGCCUGCACUUGGGCGACCUAUUUUUUUAGGUCAGUGUGACCACACAGUGGCAGUGUCCUCCAUGGAGGAUCGCAUCACAGACCAGAAGACGGUGCUUUGUUGCAUCUGCUGCCUCCUCUUCAAGAAGAGAAGUCACAGUGCCCGCUCAUCUCAGAAAGGCUGCGCACACACAUCACCGAUUCUGAGUUAGACUGGGUCAUAUUUUCUGUUGCAGUUUUGAUCAUGGAAAAAAAAGCUUAGAAUUCAUUAGAAUCUGCAAGUCGUGAAAGUUGCCCGCGUUGUUGCGAUCAAGUGUAUUUACAAGCUUUGUUUAGUUUAUAACUGUCAGAGGGGAAAAAGGAAUGGUUUCUUCUGCCAAAGGUUGUCUGUCAUUUCAGCGGCCAAGGAUUAAUGUUUUUUUUCUCUGUUUCAUUGAAACAUCAUUUUGUCAUACUGUACUCCUUUUACUUAAGAGGUAUUAUUUGAACAAAUAUUUGUUUGAAAAAAAAUCCCAACACCUUCUAAUACAGCUUUUGUUUUAAAAUGAAGUCUCAUGCAUUGUUGACUGAUUGUAAAUGUCAUUUGGCGUGAAAUGAAACUUCUGUCGGGUUCGAUUGGGACACACGCUCAUUUUGUGGUACAGUAUACAGCAUAAAAGAGUACACCCUCA